AUGAGAAAACAAAACAAUAAAAUAAUAAUAAUAGAACAUUACUAGAGUUGGAGUACUGAAGAGUUGGGGUCUGUCUGUGUCUCUAUACCAUUACCCUGUCUGCAGGUUGAGGACAGGAGGCGGGGGCGCGCAUCCUGCUGCCUGUGUGAUCUCUGCGCUCGUUCACGAGCAUGUAAACACCUGACCACUGCAGGGGGACAUAACCCGCUGAUUGUUCUCAUCAUAAACAAGGCUGUCUCUGCAGACCCCCCCUGUCGGUUGCACAGCUGUCUUUCCUCCCGAGCAGGAUGGAGGAUAAGGAGGUGUCUGUGUCCGAGGAGCAGACUGUGGACAGCGGCCUGCUGCGGGACUUCAGGCGGCUGACUCGGCUCUACUGCAUGAAUGGCGGAUAUCACCUCCAGAUCCUCCCCGAUGGGACCGUGCAGGGCCAGAGGGAUGACAGGGACGCUCACACUGUUUUAAAGCUCAAGGCUGUGGACAGAGGUGUAGUGGUCAUCCAAGGAACGGAGGCUGGGCGAUAUUUGGCCAUGAGUGAUGAGGGCCGAUUGUACAGUUCACAAACAGUGACGGAUGAAUGUUACUUCCUGGAGAAGCUGGAGGAGAACCACUACAACACUUAUGUAUCUCAGAAAUAUCAGGAGAGGAACUGGUAUGUAGCUCUGAAGAAGAACGGAAAACCUAAACCGGGUCCAAGGACUCACAUCGGACAGAAGGCCAUUUUCUUUCUGCCCCGAGAGCUGCGUGACUCCGGGGAGUGAAGACUCAUCUCAACACACACAGUGAUACCUCACUGCAUGUGGAGCUGCUCCAGGAUGGAUGUUUGUAUGUUGUUAAAAUACACCAAGUUAUCAUUUUGGACCAGAACAAGACCAAAUGGUUCAUGAUUGUUAGUCUUAACCCUAACAAACAUGCCUCAGAGCUAAAAGACUGUACAUAUAUCUUCUUUCUGUCCACUAAAACGACAUUUUUAUUUCUUCUUUUAUCUUCUUAUUGCGCAGAAGAAAAUGUUUUUUUUAUUUUACUGAUUUUAUAUAAUUUGUAGUUCUGAUGGACAUUUUAGAUGAUUUUGUGGGAUGAGAAAACUUUAAUACAGUGUUAGUAUUUUCAGUUAACUAAAUUGCUUCCAGAUGUCAGUGAAAUCUGUUGGAAAAUCAGACCAGAGGCAGGAACAAGGCACUUUUUUUUUUUUUGUUAUGCAUGAGGAUCUGGAAAGAGGGGUAUGAAUGCAGGAAUUUCUUAAAGGAUCAUUGUGACCUUCAGUAAAAAGAAAAAAAAAAGACCAAUCCCAUAAAUACCUGCAUUUACUAGAAUUUAAAAAUGACCAUUGUAACCCAUAGAUUGAGGCUUUUGCUGGCUUCAGUCGUUUAGUUGGACUUUCCUGCUUUAUCUCUGCCCUCGGGAGGUAAUGCCUCGGCAGACUAGAAGAGAAAAAAUAGCUUGAAAGGGCUGUUGAGCCAUUCACUGCUGAGGUGUCUCUACCUGAAAAGGUCAACAACUGUUAUUUCAUAUUUCCCGCAGUAACCCUUUGCUGCCACUUGGUGCCGCCAAUGUGUAAUCAUAUGCAUCAUUAAAAACAUUCGUAAAGCCUGUGGCACUGGUGCAAUCCUGAGCCACACAUUUUAUCCCAGUACCAAAGCUUCAUAAUACUGACUUGUAAAUAAUGUAAUAUUUGUAAUGGUAUUAUAUUACAUAUCACCACAGCAGUCACAGUAGUGAAUAAUCCAGACGAGUCCGAAAUGACGCAUUAAAAGUGACAUUUAUUUAACACUAAAUGUUUUCUGUACAGUUUCAUAUCAACAAAACCCCAAGGUUGCAGCUCUACAUCACAUAGAAAUAAGCAGAAUGGGUCUGUACCGAAGCCGUGGCAGAAGUAUGACGUUAACUGAUCAGUUUGCUGGACCAGACUAAAAUAUUACAUAUUAACUCCUUCCAUUUAAACAGUGAUUAGAUCUUGAAAAACUGCGUUAUCCCGGCAUGCUGUUUCCUCCAUGACAUAAAACAAAAACAAACUCCUGCACCGAUGCAUCAUUCAUUCUUUGUUUUAUAUGUCUGGGACUUAAUGAUGGAAAUAUCUACUGGGUUUUAUUGGUUAUGUCUCUCAAAGUGCACCUGCAUACAACAUUCGUUGAUAUAGUUUUUAUACCCACAAUAUAGCUAACAUCUUACACCUUAUGACUCAAUUUUCAAAAAAAAGAACAAAAA